GGCCAACUCUCCUUAUCGACAUUCACACGAUCUCCUCUCUCUUGCGCCAGAGUGCUACAAUCGUUCAAGAUGCCUACCAUGUGGUUGUCGGAUACUCAGAAAAUCGGCGUAGCGUUCUGCUCAGGUGGCGGGUUCUUCCUCAUCGGCGGCGUCCUGCUAUUCUUCGAUAGAGCUAUGCUAGCAAUGGGCAACAUCCUCUUCCUAAUCGGCCUAACCAUCAUCAUCGGCCCGCAAAAGACCCUCGCCUUCUUCGCGCGCAAACAGAAACUCAAAGGCACAGCAGCCUUCUUCCUCGGCCUAUUCUUGAUCCUGAUGAGGUGGGCGCUGGUGGGGUUCAUGGUCGAGCUGUAUGGCAUUUUUAUCCUGUUUGGCGAUUUUUUGGGGACGGUGUUGGGGUUUGCGAGGAAUGUGCCGGUGGUGGGGCCGUGGAUUGGGGUUUUAAUCGAUAGGGCCGGGAUGGGAGGCGGGCAGGGGUUGCCUGUUUGAAGGGGAGAGAAGAGACUUGAUGUGCAAAUGGGCGAGUCGAGACGAGAGUUGGUUUGGGAGAGCAGGUUUUGAGGGAACCAGAGUGUGUACGAUGAUGAUGAUGUAAGGGAUUGUGAGUCUGUACGUAUAGGCUAUGGGUAGAUUGUACUAUAUGGAUGGCAAGUGAUGGCGUUGGGGCUUAUAUUCUUGCUAGGUCAACUGGGUUGAGCUGAUGCUCCUUAUUGACGAGCGGAGAGAUUGAAGAAUGUAUACCCAAAGAGAGGAUCAAAAGCGAUACUUGAGCUGGCACUUGCAUUGAAGAGUAAUCUGGGCAAUUGUGACGUUAUAAGGG